UAUACUAUAUACUAUUAUGAAAAACCCAUCACCCUUGCCAGACAGUCUGAUACAGCUUUGAUCUAAUUCAUCAGUCAAUCAAAAUACCAUCAGCAGAGUCCAAUUAAGAAACCACCCUCUGGUAAACAAUCUCCAUAACACAUUCCACAUGUCCACAACAACAGGUGCAGCAAAUGGAGAUAAGAAUUGUUUCCUCUGAGCUUUCUCACAGCUUCUCACAUGUCUCUCUCUGUUCAAAGGAUACAUGAUUGCCACAUUGGGGUCUCCAGAUCUGGAUGCAGCACGGCAGGUGGCAGGGAACCAGGCUGCCAGCACAGCAAGGAGGGGUUACACAGCGACUCAGCUGUCACCUUAAGGGGAUGAAAAUUUAUUUUUCUGGCUGCAGUGAGGAUCUCAAGGGACCAUGGAGCAGCAAAGCAAUCACCCUGUAUUCCUGCAGGUUCCUGUAUAUACCUGACUGGCUAGACUGCAGGUGGGUCUGCCAUGAGGAUGACCUGUGCUCAGCUCAUUCCUGCCUUUGCCACUUUCGUCCAUCUGCCCCCCAACAGGAGUACUCAGAAAAACCCAGGCAUGAUUUUUCUCAAGACACUGAGGACAUUUUAGAGCACUUGAGGUCCUCCAUCCCACAGCUGCUCUGUACCUCCCACUUGCUGGGGUGUCCUAAGCAAACAGUGGAGCCUGCUUCAUCAGAUUUGAGAUGUGAGAAUGUGUUUGUGCACUUGUCAAGCAGCCAGUGACAAUUUAAUUCCCCUGUAUGUGGCGACACAGAAGGUGUAUGCUGAUAAGUUGUGCCACUCAUGAAUUAUGCUUGUCCAUGCUGCUGCUCCAUGAAGGUUUGGUAGAAGAGAUCCAUUAUUGGAACUAUAUUGAAGUCUUCAAGUAUAAUGCAAAAAUGCUUCUGUUCUCCAGAUAUGUUCUUGGGCUCUCUCAUUGGAGGGUGUCUGUCUCUUUUGGGGGCUAGCAUAGAAAUGCUCUUUCUUUUAUAUUCACAAAAUAUAAGUUGUCAAUGAAAAUUAAUGUGUACUUGGGGGGCAUGCAGAUAUAAAAAGUAAAAGAGAGGAGGGCAGAAAAUAAAGAGAGUACCUUGUACCUUGUCACCAGCCUGAGGCUGUGUGGUGACUUAAUAACAUUACAGAACCUUGAGUUUCCUGAAAUUAUAAAUCAACUUCAAAGAGAGAGGUCAGAGUGUUUUAAGUGAGAGUGGAACAGUUCUACCCUCAUGGGUAGCAUGAAGAAUUCCACUCUUAUGCAUUGAAUAUUAAAUGCUUUAGAAUAGAGGUGCUUGAAGCUCUGACAACAGCUGUAACUUCCCCUUGAUGUCAUAUGCAAGGUUAGUAUUAGUUUGGGUUAAAAUCAUGUCUGAGCUAAAGGAGUUUGGCAAGUUUGUGACUAUGGAGUCACUGAAAUGUAUGGAAUCAACUCUUUGUGGGUAUUAAUCACAGCAUAAAUGUUUGGAUCACGUAUUUAAACUGCUAUUGCAUUAAAGAAAAGUGUUUAUUGAAAAAUACUUGUUUUGCAAAGAACCACAAAAGUAUUCCAUAAGUUCUGACUUCAACACACUGGUAAGAGUGCAGUUCCAGUGAGGGAUGCUGUUGGAGUUCUCCACUCAUCUUUGUAGAAAGGAUGCUUUUUUGAGAGUUGUGAUUUUUUCCUCUCCUAAUCUGUAGGUUUUUCCAAGGUGCAAUGGAAACAAAGGAAUUAUCAUGACUGUUUUAACUGUACUUGAUGGGAAUAAUUUUUGCAGACAUUAUGUUGAAUUCAGCUUCUCAGAGAAAUCCUGUAGAGGACAUUCCAUGCCACAGAGAGCAAAACUAUGAGUUCAGGCAGCAGUGUCUCAUAGUCUGGAAGGAUAACAGGUGACCUCUUCCCUCCAUCCUGGCCAAGGGCAUCUUGCAGUGAUUCUUUCAGGCAGAACAUGGCUUGCAGGUAGAACAUGUUGUUGGCUUUGUAAAGGUUCCUCUGUCAUGUGGGGAGACUAUUGUUUUGCUGCAUAUUGUUGUUCUGUUAAUAAAGGUGCAAGUUUAGUAGCGACUUUUUACUAGAAGGAACUGGAUCAGGUUCUUACAGAAUUCAUUGCCACAAGUUGGUUUUGUGUUUGGGACUCAAAUUCAGAGAAAUUAAAGCCUGAUGUCCUGUCUUGAACAGGUAAAAUGAAAACCAGUGAAGUUUACAGUGCAUUGCUUGCUUAACUGAAGUCUUAUAAAACUGACUUCUAUACAAACUAUUUUUGCAAACUUCAGAGGCCUCUCAGUACCUGAGGGGAGCCUACAAUAAGGAUAGAGAGAUCAUUUACAAGAGAAUGUAGUGAGAGGAAAAGGGGGAAUGACUACAAACUAAAAUAGAAUAGUUUUAGAUUAGAUAUUAGGAAAAAAAUCUUUACUGUGUGAGUGAUGAGGCACUGGAAACAGCUUUUCAAGAGACUGGAUGUGGAUGAGAAUAGAUGCCUCAUCCCUGGAAGUAUUCAAGGCUAGGUUGGAUGGGGCUCUGAACAAUCUAAUCUAGUGAAUGUGCCCCUGCCCAUGUCAGGGACUGGAAGAAGAUGAUCUUGAAAGUUCCUUCCAACCCAAACCAUUACAGAAUUCAUUACCCUUGUGUAUAUAAGACCUAAGUAAUCAGCAUUAAUAUGUUAAUUAAUAUAAUUACAUGUUUGUGCUAAGGAAUUAGUUAUAUGGGCUAAUGAUGCCCAAACUCUGUUCUUUGAUUGUUUUUAGUUGUAUAUAGCAAAUAGGAAGUGAAAGCAAUUUACGCAAUUAUGUGGAUGUUGUAAAAAAUCAGACCUGACAGACCACGGAUUUCAGGGGAGUGCUGUUAUAUGCCUCAAAUGUACUGUUAGGCUGGCAGUUGACUCCAAUGACUCAAAGAACCUACAGACCACCUCAAAAUACAUCACCACAGGGUUUCCCCGUGGUUGAAAGUUUUGUUGGGAUACUGUUUUUAUUUCUCUUUUAAUUAUAGGUUAUACCCUGGAAAACUAGGGGUGCAAUGUAACCUUGUAAUUGGCAAUCACAAAACUCUACCCUGCUUUCUAAAAUGUCAACAAUGUACUCAUCAAAUGUUCUCAAGGUUGCCAUAAAGUGGAGCUUAUGUGGGGAUUUUUGAAGCACUGGUGAAGUUUUGAUUCCAAGUACAAAAAUCAGCUUAGUUCCACAUUUUUUAUAUAUAUGAGGUCCUGGUAAAUAUUCUCAUUGAGCAAGAGUGUUGCUUUGCAGGGUUGAGGAUGAAAAGCUGCAAUGAAUUUCCGAGCACAUGUGACAAUCCAGUCUUGGAAGGUUUCAUUGCACUCAUGACUGGAGUAUUGGAAGAAACAGAUUUGAAAAUAUCAGGCUUAAGACAGGGCGGUUUGGCAGAGCGGCCAAGUAGGUAGCUGGAAGAGCUGCAGGGAACAGACUCAAUUUGGGCUACGUGUUAGCCGAGUAAGGCAUGACUAAUAAGAUUUUUUUAAUAAAGCAUUUUUAGAAUCUAUUGAAACCAUCUAUUUCCCUUGAAGAAAAUAAAACAUUAGCAAGUUUUUCCACUAAUUCUAAAAUAAAGCUCAUGGUCUCACAUUUGGCUUGUGUGGUGGGAAACUCCCUACAGUUAACUUCUGAAACUUUUCACUUUGGAAGCCUUUCUAGGAUUUAAUAAUCAUCAGUGAAUUGAGCUACUUAGGUAAUUAAGCAUUCAGCUGUUCUGCCAUCUCAGUGUACAAAUGAGUGCCUGCUUUUCAUGUCAGCUGGGGUUAGAAUGUUGGAGAGAAGAAUACUGGAUUAAUUGGAAAAUUAAUAUAGAUUGAAUUACACUUAUGUGAGCUGUCAGUGAUUUGGAUGGAGAGGCUGGGAGUGUUUAUUGGGAGAUGCAGCAGUGUGGGGAGCGGGCAUGGGCUUUAAAUGCAUGGGGGCAGGAAAGUGUUUUGGAUUGUGGUACUUAUUGAGAUGGAAGACAGGUGGAAUCUGUGCCAUGGCAUGAAUAAUACAUGGCAUAAUAAUUUUUUUUUCCUUUUCCUCCGGUGGCUUUGUGUUUUGGUGCUAGGCACAAUGCAAAGGAUGACUUUCACUGAAUGCAAGUGCUUUCAGCAGGCUAUUGAUUAAGGGCGUGACAGUAUUGGUUUACUCGGUUUAAACUUAGUAGGUUCUGUAGGUAUAGGCCAGGUUUUAAAUGGAAACCAUAGAUUUAGAGUAGAUAUAAGGGCUGGCUGCAACCAGCUUGGAUAGGGAUGAGAGCCUUCGGCUUCCCUCAGCUCUGAAUGACAACGAGACAUGGAAAUUUGGGUUUACUUGUGCUUAUGAACAUCACAGCUCAAGGUGUGCUCUGUGUGUGGGAUUUUCAACUCCUUCCCCUAAUUUUUCCUCUUCUAUUAGGAUUUUAAGAGAAUAAAGCACAUUUCAGACACCGGUGAGGUGUGAAAAUUGGACCAGAUAAAUGAAAAAAUACAAGUAUUAGCAUUGGCAUCUGUACUGCAAAGCACAAUGCCUAUUUUGCCACUGAGGAGAGUGGGAAAUGACAUAAGGGAGAAGUGCCAGUGUCAUAAAAAAGCAACACUUCUCACAAAUGGUUAUUAUGGGUGGAAUUUAUCUUUACUGCAGUGAGACAGUAAUGUCUCCUAGGAGUUUUUAACAAAUACUGGAGCCUUAACAAAAAUAUUUUCCUAUCUUCUUCCUAGGCUUGAUGUAGCAGGUUCCUCCAGCCCAUGGUGGCUCAGAGCACUCUCCUCUCUGACCAGACACUUUGCAGUUCUUUGGAGCCACUCAGUCCCUUUGUGUCUAAUAGGUCUUACCCACGAGUUGGAAUUGCAUUGAAAAUCUGGUUCACUUUGAGCACAGGUAUUUUAUUUCAACAGCUUAGUCAAGUCCAGUGUUUGCCUGCACACCGGAGAGGAGUGUGGGCAGGACAGAGCAGGUUUUUGACACUGAGGCUGCCUUUGGAUCACCAGGCAUUGCCCCAGCAGGAAAUGGUUUUGGUGCACUGCAGUGUGCUAUGGAUCCUGCCUGUUCUGCCACUCAAGCUGUGGUUUGUCCAAGGACCUCAUGAAGGAGCUUCUUCACGUUAGUAAAGAAGUCUACCAGCUUGUUGAGUGGAAAUGGGCAGGAGCUAACCUCACCCAAUGGUGUUGGCUUUGGAGUGGGGGGUGUUGUUGGCCAAGGCUUUUGAGAAGGGAUUGGUGUCGGCAACGGCUUAUGAGUAGGGGGUUGUGUUGGCCAUGGCUUAGGAGUGGGAGGGGGUGUUGGCCAUGGCUUAGAAGUGGGAGGGGGUGUUGGCCAUGGCUUAGAAGUGGGAGGUGGUGUUGGCCAUGGCUUAGAAGUGGGAAGUGGUGUUGGCCAUGGGUUAGGAGUGGGAAGUGGUGUUGGCCAUGGCUUAUGAGUGGGAAGGGGUGUUGGCCAUGGCUUAGGAAUAGGGGGUUGUGUUGGCCAUGGUUUAGGAGUGGGAAGUACUGUUGGCCAUGGCUUAAGAGUGGGAAGGGGUCGUGUUGGCCAUGGCUUAAGAGUGGGGAAGGGUUGUGUUGGCGGCCAUGGCUUAAGAGUGGGAAGGGGACGUGUUGGCAAUGGUCUCAGAGUUGGUAGGA